AUGUUCGGACACCUGGUGAAUUACAGUCCUAUAAGCUUUGGGCAGCAGGGCGAAAUGAACGACGAGGAUGGUUCAUCCGCGGGAAUCGCGAGGUCUUAUUCGACGACACCGCUGUCUUCGGCAAGUGUUGAAAUACCCAGAACGAGUUUGCCUUUGCUUCCCGAGACAUCAUUGCAAGUCCAGUCGACUGAAGUAAACCUCAAAAAGCACAACAAAUUCAUCCUUGAGGAUCCCACGAUGGCCAAAGUCAAGAAGGAUAAAGCAAUGAGAGCGUGUACUACAUGCUUUACCAAAAGGUGGGAGGGACCAAUCGAAACCCCUCGUCUACUUGACAUAGAAUGGUUUGACGCAACGACAGCUGCACUUCUUGCACGUCACUACCAAUUGAUAGAUUUUCACUUUGAAAGCGAAUCUCUCGGACCUAUGCAAGUAGACCUGAGAUUGGAGCCUUCAUCAGACCAGGAGAUUGUGUCAGACAGGCAGACCUAUAGUCUUCAAAUACCGGGGCUACGAGAUGACUUCUACUUCCUUGCGGAGUCUUCCAGUCUUGACGGCGUGUUGGAUGCCAUUCUUCCUGCCGACGUACCUCUCUGCAUAGCACCCAAAUCUGGCUUAUAUGAUCUGUCUCUAUAUGAGUACGACCUCUACAUGAUGGGAAGGGUCAAGACGCUGACCUCUCCUUCCUUCAACAGCCAACACACCUCUUUCUUGGAGAUCUUGCGCGACUCGACCCCGCACAGAUACUUCAUUGGCGAUCAGCCUCUUUCGAUCAUGUAUAGCAACGACACCCUUGAGUCUUGGCAAAACAUGGAUGUCGAAGAUUCAAACCUCCUUGCCGGACAUGAUUCUCAGGACGGUGUCAACAAUGGUCAAGACAUGAUCAUUGAAGAACAUAUUCCGUUCGGCGGAGUCGAGGGAUUGCAAGCGGAAGCAAACGCCAUGCUCAAUCCAGGUUGGACUCUAGGACUCGAUAAUCUCGCAGUCACACAAGAUACCGAAGCAAGUGUCAGUACGGAUCAUUUGCAUGCUGGAAUGCUCGACUCCAUACACCACAGCCAGCACGGUGGUUGGGAACAGCAGCCGAGCGAAGUACAGCAGGCUGGCCAUGGCUACUUACAGAGUACUGUCCCCGCAUACACCGAUGUACGUGAUAGCAUGUUGACAUCUCUACACGAUGUAAUGGCAUCGUCGCAAGCCCAAUCGAGUACCAGUCGACGGUCAAAGGCCGCAAACACUACUGCCUCAUCGAAAUCCAAGAAGCGACUGUGCUCGCUGCCCACCUCAAAUCCUGUGGAAGUCCCAAGGAGGGCCAGCAAGCGCAAGCACAUGAAGACUGUUUUCUCACGCAAAGAGCCACGCUUGACACCAUCCCGCCUGAAUCACAGCGAGGAUUCGAGUGCUUUGACGACAGACUUGUCGUCAAAGCUUGCCCUACGCACAGAUUCUGCAGCCAAGACAACAAACAUUAAGGGCACGAUUUCAUCAAAGCAGCCGAGCGAUGACUACCCAACAGAACAACCACGAGCCAAUCGGGUGGCGGCGUGGGAGCAAGGGAGGAAUAGGCGUACAAACCUUGAUAAUGCGGGCAUUGUCAGGGACAUGGAAAUUUCGGACUCGGAAAGACGGCCUAUGUCAUGGCCACACAGAAAUCCCUGGCGUAAGUCCCUUGAUAUAUCCGUCGCCGUGCUUACCAAAGGAUUUGAGAAAUUGAUGACCGAACGAGGAGAAUCCCUCAUUUAA